AUGGGGUCCUGUAUUGUCAUCAUUAAUCAAGGAAGAUAUCAAGUCUAUUAUGGUAACCAGAGCAUAGGUUUUUCUUUUGCUCCUCCUCUAAACCUAGCCGUCUUCCCCACCGAGUUGUCCUCCAUGGGCACCGAUCCCAAAUCCUCCUCCAACCUUCUCUCUCUCAACAUCAAACACCAUGUUCCCCUCAUUCUUGACGUGGAAAACGUCCAUUAUUCUUCUUGGGCAGAGCUUUUCAAAGUCACCGCUCGUGCAAACCAAGUCCUUGACCAUAUUAUUCCACCUACUGAGACACCCGAUAUCAAGGACAAAGCGUUAUGGGAACGUAUUGAUGUCGUGGUCCUUCAAUGGAUUUAUGGGACUAUCUUUGAGGAUCUCAUGCUCAUUAUCCUCGAACCCGAUUCCACAGCUCAACAGGCAUGGGAACGCCUACGUGACAUCUUCCAGGACAACAAACAUUCACGUGCCGUAUAUCCCGAACAACAGUUUUCCAGCACUCAACUCGAAAACUUCAAAAUCGUCUUUGCCUAUUGCCAAAAACUCAAGAUGAUCUCCGACCAGUUAGCCGGCGUUGGCUCUCCGAUGUCCAACCAACGCCUAGUCCUCCAACUUGUGGCUGGUCUCACCGACGCCUAUGACAACGUAGCAUCCAUAAUUCAACAGAGCGAUCCUCUUCCCCCCUUUUACAAGGCUCGCUCCAUGCUCACGUUGGAGGAAUCUUGGAAGUCUUAA